AUGUCCGGUGAAGCUUGGCUUUACCUGCUGGCGGUGUUGAUCAACGCCGUCAACCUAUUUCUACAGGUCUUCUUCACUAUCAUGUAUAGUGACUUGGAGUGUGACUACAUCAACCCUAUUGAUCUCUGCAACCGUCUCAACGCCUACAUCAUCCCCGAAGCUGGUGUCCACGCUUUCCUAACCUUCCUCUUCUUGAUCAAUGGCUACUGGCUGGCCAUCAUUCUGAACCUGCCACUGUUGGCUUUCAACGCUAAGAAGAUCUUCGAUAACCAGCACCUCUUGGAUGCGACUGAGAUCUUCCGCAAGCUUAAUGUUCAUAAGAAGGAAUCUUUCAUCAAGCUUGGUUUCCACCUCUUGAUGUUCUUCUUCUACCUGUACAGCAUGAUCGUCGCUCUGAUCCGCGACGAGUCUCACUGA